AUGGCACAAAACUUUGAACCCUUCCAUGUCCCACAACAAAACAGAAAAAACAAGCUUCGUGUCACCACUCUAACCAACCAAGAACAGCAAAACCCACCAAGCCCCCUACUCUCCGGACAAACUCUCAUGAACCCUUCACAAUCUUCUUCCUUCUCUUCGCUUCAAACCCUCAAAGACAUGAGCCAUCAGCCCAUAACUAGCCAGGGUUUAUCUUUGUCUCUUUCAUUUCAACUUGAUCACCAAAGAUACAAUGCUGUUUCAGUUUCAAGUGAUUACUUGAAGCAGAAUGGUGAAAUGAGAAGCUCUGUCGUCCCUUUUGGUCCUUUUACUGGCUACGCUUCAAUAUUGAAGAGUUCAAGGUUCUUGAAACCUGCACAGCAGAUUUUGGACGACAUUUGUGGUGUAAUUAAUCAUGCAAAUACAAACUUUCCUUUGGAUGGUUCGAGUGAAAUUGAAACUAUGGGAGAAAGUAUUGCGCUUUUAAGCGAUGGGGUGGAGCAUCAAAGGAAGAAUUCAAAGCUAAUAUCGAUGCUGGAUGAGAGGGACCAAAUUGGGGUUUACUUAGCCGGUACAAAGUCAUCAAUUGUCGACUGUACGAGAUACAAACUAUAUUACCAACAAAUGCAGUCAGUUGUUGCAUCAUUUGAAACUGUUGCUGGUCUUGGAAAUGCAGCUCCUUAUGUUUGUUAUGCAAUCAAAAUUGUUUUGAAGCAUUUUACUAGCUUGAAGAACGCCCUUUCGGAUAAAAUUCAGUUCACAGGGAAAACCUUUGAUGACAGUAAUGUUACCAAGGAAAAAAAUCCUAGAUAUGGGACAGCUGAACUAGGCCUUGGAAACCAAAAUCUAACCCAGAACUUGAACUUUAUUCAACAUCCUGUUUGGCGAUCUCAAAGAGGACUUCCUGAUCAUGCUGUAGCUGUGCUUAAGAAAUGGUUGUUUGAACACUUCCUGCACCCCUACCCUACAGACUCGGAAAAGCAAGCCUUGGCUCAGCAGACUGGUCUAUCAAGGACUCAGGUUUCUAAUUGGUUUAUUAACGCAAGAGUUAGACUUUGGAAGCCAAUGGUGGAAGAAGUACACAUGCUUGAAUCACAGCAAACUCGAGCACCAUUUGAAACGGUCAAUCCUAGUGCCAACAUGCCAUCCGAUUUGUCUCUUGAGAAACAGUCCCGAUCAACUCAACACCAGAAUACAAAUCAAACUAAACGCUCCCGAAAUGAACUUCAUGAUGUGUCUAAGCAGGGACACGAGCCAAGAAAUAUUUAUGGCAGCAAUUUGUCAGGUAAUUACCUCUCUGCUGGUGUUAGUGGAAGCAAAGGUGUUUCAUUGGCACUGGGUCUCCCCCAGAACAAUGGCAUUGAUCAAUCAUGGCCUCUCCCUAUGAGCAUACCUCACCAUGUCAACCAUGAACUGAUUAGCUUGUUGGAUUCAGCUCCAACAGGUUUUGCACUGCAAAAGCAGCAUUUUGGGAAAGACUGA